UCCCGAACUCUUCCAUUUUCUGAGAACUUUAGUUCUAUUCAAAAAUUGGACUUUUCAGACAUGAUAGUUCAACAGAAAUUGGAUGACAUUAAGGAUCGAAUCAAGAGAGAAAUAAGGAAAGAACUGAAAAUCAAAGAAGGAGCUGAAAAUCUGAGAAAGGUUACAACAGAUAAAAAAAGCUUGGCUUAUGUAGAUAACAUUUUGAAAAAAUCCAAUAAAAAAUUAGAAGAGCUGCAUCACAAGCUACAGGAACUAAAUGCACAUAUUGUUGUAUCAGAUCCAGAGGAUGUUACAGAUUGCCCACGGACUCCAGAUACUCCAAAUAGUGACCCUCGUUGUUCUACUAGCAGUAAUAGAUUGAUGGCCUUACAAAAACAAUUGGAUAUAGAACUUAAAGUAAAACAAGGUGCAGAGAACAUGAUACAGAUGUAUUCAAAUGGAUCAUCAAAGGAUCGGAAACUCCAUGGUACAGCUCAGCAAAUGCUCCAGGACAGCAAGACAAAAAUACAAGUCAUAAGAAUGCAGAUUCUUCAGGCAGUCCAGACCAAUGAAUUGGCUUUUGAUAAUGCAAAACCUGUGAUAAGUCCUCUUGAACUUCGCAUGGAAGAAUUAAGGCAUCAUUUUAGGAUAGAAUUUGCAGUUGCAGAAGGUGCAAAGAAUGUAAUGAAAUUACUUGGCUCAGGAAAAGUUACAGACAGAAAAGCACUUUCAGAAGCCCAAGCAAGAUUUAAUGAAUCAAGUCAGAAACUAGACCUUUUAAAAUACUCAUUAGAGCAAAGAUUAAAUGAACUUCCCAGGAAUCAUCCCAAAAGCAGUGUUAUAAUUGAAGAGUUAUCGCUUGUCACGUCACCAACAUUUAGUGCACGUCAAAGUACGAUAUCUACCCAAAACCAAUAUAGUACACUAUCUAAACCAGCAGCAUUAACAGGUACCCUGGAAGUUCGUCUUAUGGGCUGCCAAGAUAUCCUAGAAAAUGUCCCCGGACGAUCAAAAGCAGCAUCAGUGGUUCUACCUGGCUGGAGUCCAAGUGAAACAAGAUCAUCGUUCAUGAGCAGAACGAGUAAAAAUAGAAGUGGAAGUAGUCGAAAUCUCCUAAAAACUGAUGACUUGUCCAAUGAUGUGUGCGCUGUUUUGAAGCUAGAUAAUACCGUAGCUGGUCAAACAAGCUGGAAACCCAUUUCCAAUCAGUCAUGGGAUCAGAAGUUUACACUGGAACUAGACAGGUCACGUGAACUGGAAAUUUCAGUUUAUUGGCGUGAUUGGCGAUCUCUGUGUGCUGUAAAGUUUCUGAGGUUAGAAGAUUUUUUAGACAACCAACGACAUGGCAUGUGUCUCUAUUUGGAACCACAGGGUACUUUAUUUGCAGAGGUUACUUUUUUUAAUCCUGUUAUUGAAAGAAGGCCCAAACUCCAAAGACAAAAGAAAAUUUUCUCAAAACAGCAAGGCAAGACAUUUCUCAGAGCUCCUCAAAUGAAUAUUAAUAUUGCCACAUGGGGAAGGCUAGUGAGAAGAGCUAUUGUAAAUCAUUCUGGCACCUUCAGCCCUCAAGCGCCUGUGCCUACUACAGUGCCAGUGGUUGACGUACGCAUCCCUGAACUAGCACCCCCAGCUAGUGGUUCUACAGUAACCAAAUUGGACUUUGAUCUUGAACCUGAACCUACUCCGGCCCCUCUACGUGCUUCCUCUCUUGGAGAAAUAGAUGAACCCACUGAAUCAAAAGUUAUGGAAACACCAGGACAGGAUUCAGCAAGUACCUUUGAUAUUGGAAAUGACAGAAAUAGUAUACUUCAGAAAUCCCAGUCUGAGUAUGAUCGUGAUAGUCCUCCAUCAGGGUUAGAUUAUAGUUGUAUUCGAGAACUUGAAGAUAAAAGAUCUCAGCAAAGGUUUCAGUUUAACCUACAAGACUUCAGGUGUUGUGCAGUCUUGGGUAGAGGACAUUUUGGAAAGGUGCUUUUGGCUGAAUAUAGACACACAAAUGAGAUGUUUGCUAUAAAAGCCUUAAAGAAAGGAGACAUUGUAGCUCGAGAUGAAGUAGACAGCCUCAUGUGUGAAAAAAGAAUCUUUGAAACUGUGAAUAGUGUAAGGCAUCCCUUUUUGGUGAACCUUUUUGCAUGUUUCCAAACCAAAGAGCAUGUUUGCUUUGUAAUGGAAUAUGCUGCCGGUGGGGACCUAAUGAUGCACAUUCAUACUGAUGUCUUUUCUGAACCAAGAGCUGUAUUUUAUGCUGCAUGUGUAGUUCUUGGGUUGCAGUAUUUACAUGAGCACAAAAUUGUUUAUAGAGAUUUAAAAUUGGAUAACUUACUGCUUGAUACAGAGGGCUUUGUGAAAAUUGCUGAUUUUGGUCUUUGCAAAGAAGGAAUGGGAUAUGAAGAUAGAACAAGCACAUUUUGUGGCACUCCUGAAUUCCUUGCCCCAGAAGUAUUAACAGAAACGUCCUAUACAAGAGCUGUAGAUUGGUGGGGCUUUGGUGUACUUAUAUAUGAAAUGCUUGUUGGUGAGUCUCCCUUUCCUGGUGAUGAUGAAGAAGAAGUUUUUGACAGUAUUGUAAAUGAUGAAGUAAGAUAUCCAAGGUUCUUGUCUACAGAAGCCAUUUCCAUAAUGAGAAGGCUAUUAAGAAGAAACCCAGAACGGCGCCUUGGAGCUGGUGAAAAAGAUGCUGAGGAUGUAAAAAAGCACCCAUUUUUCCGGCUAAUUGAUUGGAGUGCUCUGAUGGACAAAAAAGUAAAACCACCGUUUGUACCUACUAUUAGAGGAAGGAAAGAUGUUAGCAAUUUUGACGAUGAAUUUACCUCAGAAGCACCUAUUCUGACCCCACCUCGAGAACCAAGAAGACUGUCAGAAGAAGAACAAGAAAUGUUCAGAGAUUUUGACUACAUUGCUGAUUGGUGUUAA